AUGGGGUGGGGUGGUUUUGCUCUAAAAUGCAAGUUACAAAACCUCAAACAAAGGUUGAAAAAUUGGAGUAAAGACAAUAUAGGAGAUUUGUGCAACAAGGUGAAGCAGCUUCAACAGAAGAUGAAUGAUUUGGAGAAUUCUUUGACAGCUCAGCAUUCUGACCAACAAGUCCAAGAGCUGAAGAAAAUUCAAGCUGAACUUUGGGAAAAGGCUACUCUUCAUGAAUCUAUUGUGAGACAGAAGUCAAGAAGCAAAUGGGUCAAAGAGGGGGACAGUAAUACCUCCUACUUUCACAAAAUUAUUAACUAUAGUAGGAGGAGAAAUGCCUUGAGGAGGAUGCUGAUUGAUGGUAUCUGGGUGGAAAAUCCUAAUUUGGUUAAGGCAGAAAUUCUGCAGCAUUUCCAGAGUAGAUUCAAUGAACCUCAUCUGCUCAGACCUAACCUGGAUGGGGUUUCAUUCAAUGUCCUAACUCCUAUUCAGAGGGAGAUGAUGGUCGAGCCUUUUAAAGAGGGGGAGAUAAGGUGUGCAGUGUGGGCUUGCGGCAUUGACAAAAGCCUGGGGCCAGAUGCGUUUAAUUUCAGGUUUAUUAAGCAUUUUUGGAAGGAGCUGAAACCUGAGUUUCUAAGGUUUAUUGCAGAAUUUCAUGUGAAUGCUUCAUUUCCUAAGGGACUCAAUUCCUCAUUCAUUGCCCUUAUUCCUAAGAUUAAGGACCCUCAAUCUAUUAGUGAUUUCAGACCUAUUUCCCUCAUAGGAUGUGUUUACAAAGUAAUUGCUAAAUUACUAGAUAAUGUUAAAGCUGUGAAGGCCAUUCUUAGAAGUUCUGAGAUGGUUUCUGGCCUGAGAAUCAAUCUUUCUAAGAGCCAAUUUGGACCAAUUGGGCAAUCUGAGGAUUGGUGUUGUCUUGCUGCUGAUUACUUAAAUUGUGCCCUGCUUCAUUUUCCCUUCUGCUACCUAGGGCUGCCAAUAGGAAUUAAUCCGAGAAGAAAGGUGGUGUGGGAGCCUAUAAUCAGAAAAUUCGAGGCUAGGUUGAACAAAUGGAACCAGAGAAGCAUUUCUAUGGCUGGCAGAAUCACUCUAAUUAAUGUUGUCCUAAUAGCAUUACCCUUGUUUUAUCUGUCUUUUUUCAAGGCCCGUAUAGUAGUGAUUAAUAAACUAACUGUCAUUCAAAGACACUUUCUUUGGGGUGGCAACUUAAAAGUGAAGAAGAUCGCUUGGGUACCUUGGAGACAAGUGUGUGCCUCUAGAGAAAGGGGAGGAUUGGGAAUCAAAGACAUUAAGGCCCUCAAUAAUGCACUAUUAAUUAAAUGGAAAUGGUUGAUGUUUCAUCAAUCAGAUCAACUUUGGAGCAGGAUUCUGAUUUCGAAGUACAGGGGUUGGAGAGGCUUGGAAGAGGGGCCACCAAAGCAACAUUUCUCUCACUGGUGGUCUAACUUGAGGUCCAUUAAUCAACAUCAGAGUAUGGCUGAUGUCUCCAAGCAGUUUAUUUGGAAGGUGGGUAGGGGAGAUCAAAUACUUUUCUGGGAGGACUCUGGGGUUGAUAGUGGGAUAACCCUUAAAGAUAAAUUCCCAAAAUUAUAUCAAAUUUCCUCUCAAAGACUACAGACUGUAGCAGAUAUGGGCUCUUUCUAUGAAAAUGGGUGGGAAUGGAAGUUCUCUUGGAGGCGAAAUCUGUUUGACAAUGAGAUGGGGAUAGCUUCAAUAUUUAUUGAUCAAACUGCUGCUAUCAGCCUAAAUGCUAGUUUGAAGGACACUUGGGUGUGGGGAGCUUAA